CAAGGCUCAAUCUAUACCAACUCAACGUCAACAAAUCACUACUUGCGCACUCGAGCCUCCUACACCAGAUCAAAAAGGAAGACGACAUCAUCAUGAUACAGGAGCCCUACAUCAGCAAGCAAGGCAAGUCAAGAGCGACACAAGGAUGGGUGACGGUGUACCCACCCAACCACGAAGGGGAUCCCUCCCAUACGAGAGCUCUGACCCUGAUCAACCGAUCCAUCUCUACUAACGCAUGGUCUAGCAUUCCUCUGGCAACUCAAGAUGCUGUAGCCAUCGUCUUACGAACCCCUACGGAGUCGCUCAUCAUAGUGAACAUAUACAGCGAUGGCGACUCCAUAGAAACAUGGGAGCUCAUGGAUGCCAUG